AUGUCAAUGGAUUUUAGAAUGUCGCAGACUAUUUACAACCCAAGCGAUCACAAGUGGAAGACACCAGCACAAAUCAGAUCUAUUUCUCUACCUAACAUUCCUAAUAAGAAAUACUAUACUGGAUUGAGAAUUAUUGAGAAGAUUAUUGAGAUAAAGGGAGCAAAGAAAUUUAAGCAGAGAAACGUCUCAACAGAUCAAGCUGUGCCUAUCUUGGAUUUAUAAAACUUAAAGUUUGAAGAUGCUCAGAAGGAAUUCAGAAGAAUGACAAACACAACCCACUAUGCUUAAGUUUUUGGAUAGAAGCCUAAGAUGCAGGAGGACUAUGAGAUUCUUAAGUAUAAGAAGUUCACAGAUUUAUAGAUAUCAACCAUCCUGAAGCACCAGCCUUGCCAAUUCGUUGAAUCUUGGCUUAGUCUCAAUGAUUAACAAGAAUUCACAGGCCAGCUUUAUCUGACUCUCAGAGAUAUCUACACAGUGAUCAGAAAUCAACAACCACCAAAGUCUCUUGCAUCUGUAGACUAUGUUCAUUCAAAGCAAGAUGCAAAUGCCAAAGCUCCUAGAUACGAUAAGCUUAUCUUGCAGCACAAAGGGAAGAAGCCUGUUUAGUAAAAGAGAAUAGAUAUUUAAUAAGAGUUGUCGAUCUUGAAAAGACUAAACCUGUCAUUGAAUCGCAAGAAUAAUAACAUGAAGUACCAGUUUGCUGAGCCAAUCAUAGACCCUAAACAGUUCAAAUAAAACUUCUUCCAAGGGUGCGGCAACAUCACUGCCUAUUGUGAAUUGAAUGACCCUAAGAUUACCGACUAUCAGGAGACAUUCAAAGGCAAAUAGAUUUACAGCAAGUUUGAUGAAGGUAAGAAAGACUUCAACACUUCCUGCUGUAUUGGAGGAGUCAUUCCAGAUCCAGCAUUUAUGAGCAAGACAACAUAGAAAUUCGAGAAUUACAAAAAUGAAUUGAAGACAAUUACACAGAGAUUCCUUAGAACUGCCUAGGAAACAAUGGACAACAGAUCGAUGUAAGCCAAUUAAAGAUGA